AUGCGUCGUCUUCUCACCUGCUGCCCCGCAGCCGCUUUUGCGGUAGCCCGCACCCUCACCACGAGCUCGUUUGUGGCUUCUAUAGAGCAGGUACAACAACAGUUGCAGACGGCCCAGGACCGACGGACAGAGCUGCUACGCUACGGGCGACAGCUCUACGAGGUGGAGGUGCUGGAUGACCUGAAGGCAGCCUACACACCUGCGUUGGCGAGCAAAGUAUGUUACGUUGCCUCACAAUUGCGCAUCGACGCGACUAAAGGUCAGCCCUUCACUGCCGUGUUGGAGGCUAGCAUGACCGCUGAGGGCGAGCAGGCUAUGGAUGUUGCGUCGCUCGCCCGUAUUGUCCACAGCUGUCUUGUCCUGCGCAGCGGAAACCUCCACGAGGUGCUGUUCACCUUCAUUCCAUUUCUGUGCGAGAAGGCGGGGAUGAUGGACGCCGUGACGACAGCAGUGGUCAUCAACGCCUACGGUCGAUCAGGGGUGCACCACCCUAGGCUGUACAAGGCCCUGUGCGACAACGGUGCCACGGUGCUCAAGGAUCCUCGUGUGGCACUUGCGCACAUCGCCAACGUUGCCUAUGCUGUGUCGCGUGUCAAGUUCCUCCACCCCACUCUCAUGCUGACCCUGCGGGACCACGCUCUCCGCAAGGUGGCGGAGGCGUCACCGAUCAUCAGCCUGACAAUUCUCGAGGCGUUUACGGAGCUGCGUCAGAUUGAUGAGGACCUCUUCAGCUCCUACGAGCAGCGCCUGCUGGGGCAGUUGAAUGAACUCCAAGCCCCUCUCAUGGCUUCUCUGGUUUCGUGCGUGGUGCGUGCCGGGCGUGGUAGAGCGGAAGUCAUGGAGAGCCUCGGCGUCCGAACAACUGCCCUUGCCGACACCUUCGAUGCCGCAUCGAUAGCGAAGGUGACCAACGCCUACUACGAGGCCGAUAUUGCCUCCGAGGACGUGCUUGGCGCCUUGGCAGAGCGGGCCUGCAAGGUAGCCGCUGACUUUCGCGCGGACGAGAUAGCUACCGUGUUGAACGCGCUGAGCUCUUUUGACCUCUUCGACGCAGAGCUCUUUCCGCUUCUCGCGUCUCGUCUCGUGGCGCUGCACAGGCAGGGCGGGUAUGUGGACGUGGCGGAUGCUGCCAUCAUUCUCAGCAGCUUUGCUGCCGUGCAGGAGCGUAACGAUGAGCUCAUCUAUGUGUGCACGCAGCUGUUCGCCACGUACCCGGGAGUGGCAAUGGAUCCUGUAGUACGGGUGAACGCCCUGUGGGCGUGUGCGUCGUUGAAUGUGCACAAUGAGGCCCAGACUAAUAUGCUGGAGGAGGCGCGGGCGACCCCGUCGCUUGUGAUGUGGGAAUCUAAGCCAGAGAUGCUUCCGAAGACAAAGGCGACGCUGAAGGAACGCAGUCAGUUUUUGACCAAAGUGUACGGUAUUACCUUUCCCUCCUCAAGUUCUCGUUAG